UCGAAAAUGUUACUAAAUUUAAGUAUUUUAACGCUUAAUGUUUGGUAAGCAGCAAUGACUUGCAGUGCCAAAAUCAGUUUAUUGCAAAGUCCGACUGGCAGUAUCUGAACAACUAAAAUGAGUUUUAAUUUUACAGAUUCUAUUUGCCUGAAACGUUUAUUAAUAAAUCUUAAUUAAUGAAGACGAUAUUGAUUUUUACCUCGUUACAUAUCCUCAGGGGAAUUCCUUUUCCAUUUGUAUCCAAGGACAGAGUGGCUCGCAUUGCAGCUAUUGGUUUAGAGGUUAGUUCAGGGAAUUAUGAUAUUGUAUCAUUGCAAGAAGUUUGGUCUCGCAAAGAUUGUGAGGAUUUAAAGAAAGCCACAGAGUCCGUAUUGCCUUAUUCUCACUAUUUUUAUAGUGGCGUUGUCGGGUCUGGCUUGCUAGUAUUAUCUAGAUUUCCCAUUUUAAGUUCUUUCUUUCACCCAUGGAGUGUUAAUGGUUAUUUUCAUCGCAUCCAGCAUGCAGACUGGUUUGGAGGCAAAGGAGUUGGACUGUGCCGAAUAUUGGUUGACAAGCAAGUUGUAAAUCUGUACAACACUCAUUUACAUGCAGAAUAUAGUAACAAAAAUGACGAUUACAAGACUCAUCGUGUGAUUCAAGCUUUUGACACGGCACAGUUUAUACGUGCAACAAAGGGCGACUCUGUUUUACAAGUGCUUGCUGGCGAUUUAAAUGCCCAACCACAUGAUUUAACAUACAAGGUUCUUCUGUAUACAUCAAAAAUGAAAGAUUGUUGCAUUUCGAAAAACAUUUUUACAAAUGAGUAUUAUAAAAACUCGUAUACGUCUACAGCCAUUAAUGCCAAUAAAUCCCACGGCAUACAUAUAGAUCAUAUAUUUGCAAGAAGUUCUGAUAACUUUAAACUGUCUAUUCUCGACUAUGGAUUACCAUUAAGUGAGCGAGUACCUGGACAUAAUUUUAGCUUUUCAGACCAUGAAGCAGUCUUGACUAAGUUAAAUUUAGAUGAAUCACCACAUUCGAUUUGCGAAGAGGCUAGUUCUGCUGUUAAUGCACUUCUGAACCACGUAGAGCGUAUUGGUGACCAAAAUUGCGAGGCUUUUAUAAAAACGAAUGAAUACCUUGUAUCCAGACGUGUUGAUGUAUUGCAAGAAUCCAUAUCUUUAUGUGAAAUGUCUUUGGAUCAAUUAAAUAUUGAUCGUAUAUUUUAUUACAGUGUCGCGGUUAUUCUCGCAUUUAUCUUGGUAGUUUUUUUAGAAUAUCCGGCGCCAGUGGGAUUUAGAACAUUGUAUAUAAUAUUCAAGUUUUCAAUAUCAGUAGCUUUAUUAUUUUGCAUUUUCAUGGGAUCAGUAUGGAACUACAUGGAGUUGAAUGGCAUAUUAUCCGGAAAGGUAGCAAUGGAGUUAAUGCUGCGAUCCAUUGAUAUUUUUGAAAAGCCUAGAAUGCAAUGAAGUCAAAAUUACUUAAAAUAUGUAAGCUCAAAAUGUAUUUUAUAUUGUUUAAUAAUAAUAAUAAUAGAUUGGCGCUUACACAUACAUAUGUUAGUGUUUGGCCGAGCUUUUAUAUUGUAUAAAGUAUUAUAAAUUGGCUUUAAGAAUAUGAAUUAGCUCAAUAUACAUAAAUGUGUAUACA